AUGAGUGACGGAUUUCACUAUGGCGCUCCUCCUGCGUAUGGCAACAGCAAUAUCAACAUGCAAAUACAGCCUCCUACUCCGGGCCAUCCUCCUGCCUCUAUACCUGGUCCCCUACAGGCUGGUCAUUCAAGAACCCUUUCGAGUCAGCCGCCUCAAUUACCUCCAUUGUCCCAGAUAUCUACCCAGUUGCAAGACCCGCAACAGCAGUCCUCAUUGUCGGCACGACCUCCACUGAGUACAGCACACAGCUAUUCCAAGUCAAGUCCUGGGAACAUGGACCCAAGUACACCAAAAUACAAGGCCUUCUCAAACAAUACCCCAGACACGUCGAGGUUUCUGUCCUCCGCUUCCAACGCCCCGUCAUCCUCUUCAUUCGGACCUCAGUCAUACUCUCCCCUGGGUUUGGCAGAUAUUAGACAGAGGACAGAGGCCAACUUGGCAGAAUCCUUGCUUAGUCCCGGUGGUCCUGCACUCGAAGAGCAAGUCCCAUACCCCACAAACAGCAAUUAUGUAGCCCCUUGGCCGAUUUUUGCUGUUGAUUGGUGCAAGUGGCCACCAAAGACGAAUGUUGGUGUUGGCAAGAUUGCUAUUGGAAGCUAUCUGGAGGACAACCACAACUAUAUCCAGAUUUUGGACGCUCAGAAGACUCAGAUAGACCCCGAAAAGCCGCAAGGAGAAAGAGGGAUAGACUUCGUCAAGACUGCUGAAGCAAACCACGCCUACCCAGUAACCAGGAUCUUAUGGGAGCCACCUUCUUCGAACAAGCAGAGUACUGAUCUGCUAGCUACGUCCGGCGACCACUUAAGGUUAUGGUCUUUACCAAAUGAGGCCGCCUCAUAUAACUCCAACACAAUUACAAGGCAGGGUUCGAAAGAUGUGCCUCUACAGAAACUGUCGCCCCUCGCUUUACUUUCAAAUUCAAAAUCUCCUGAACAUACUGCUCCAAUCACGUCCCUUGAUUGGAACAUUAUCCAACCUUCUUUGAUCAUCACUUCUUCCAUUGAUACUACCUGCACCAUCUGGGACAUCCCGACAUUGACUGCUAAGACUCAACUUAUUGCUCACGACAAGGAGGUCUUUGAUGUUCGCUUUUGUGCUCAGAGUGUGGAUGUCUUCGUAUCUUGCGGUGCUGACGGGAGUGUUCGCAUGUUCGAUUUAAGAUCUCUCGAGCACAGCACUAUCAUAUACGAACCGAACGACAAACAAGACAAGACUCUCAGUCCAGACGCAAUGUCAUCGUCACCGACCAGAGGUGGAGGUUCCAGCUCUCAUAGUCUUUCUUUCCCUCCUCCACUACUACGCAUUGCUGCAUCUCCUCACGAUGCACAUCUUCUAGCAACAUUUUCCCAGGACAGCAACAUCAUACGCGUGCUCGACGUGCGGCAACCUGGGCAAGCACUCCUUGAGUUAAAGGGUCAUGGUGCGAGUGUGAAUUGCAUCGAAUGGUCGAGCAGUCAACGUGGCAUCCUUGCUUCUGGAGCUGAUGAUUGCUGUGUGAUGCUUUGGGAUUUGGUGAGUAGCGCCACUGGAAGUCUACCACAACCGGGUCACCCAGCAGGUCAGGGCGGACAAGAAAGAGGCCAAGAGCGAGGACCGUCAGCAGUCUGGGACUGCCCUUAUGAAAUCAGCAAUUUAAGUUGGGCUCCUACGACAGGAUCUUUAGGGGUAUGCGGAGGACGAGGUCUUUGGGGCGUGUCGCUGUAG